AUGGAAGGAAAUGGAGUGGAAGGUGAGCCGGAUACCUGGACCCGGAGCAGGAACGGGAGCAGGAACAGGAACAGGACUCGGAACAGGACUAGAAACAGGAACAGGAUUAGAAACAGGAACAGAACCAGGAACAGGAACAGGACUAGAAACAGGAACAGGAGCAGAAUCAGGAACAGGAACAGGACUCGGAGCAGGAACAGGACUAGAAACAGGAACAGGAUUAGAAACAGGAACAGAACGGACAGGAACAGGAAGAAACAGGACAGAACCAGGAACAGGAACAGGACUAGAAACAGGAACAGGAGCAGAAUCAGGAACAGGAACAGGACUCGGAGCAGGAACAGGACUAGAAACAGGAACAGGAUUAGAAACAGGAACAGAACCAGGAACAGGAACAGGACUAGAAACAGGAACAGGAGCAGAAUCAGGAACAGGAACAGGACUCGGAGCAGGAACAGGACUAGAAACAGGAACAGGAUUAGAAACAGGAACAGAACCAGGAACAGGAACAGGACUAGAAACAGGAACAGGAGCAGAAUCAGGAACAGGAACAGGACUCGGAACAGGAUUCGGAACAGGAUCAGAGCAGGACCAGGAAAAGAAAAACUUAAAGGUGGAGCGAUAAGGAGGCGAUAUGAGCUGUGCAACGAGAGAGAGAGAGAGAGAGAGAGAGAGAGAGAGAGAGAGAGAGAGAGAGAGAGAGAGAGAGAGAGAGAGAGAUAUCACCAAACUCUAGUUGAUCCAGAUUUUAGAUGGGGGAGAGGAUGGAACGCUAGAGACGGCCACACCUGUUCCCCAUCCCAAAGAAAUGCCGGGUACCAGACGCCACAAGGACAGUCGUUACUGCCAGUCAGCCCAAUGCAGGAAGACAUUCCUAGUCGGCAGUGCAAAUUUUCCUGCCACAGAAGCUGCCGAGAAAAAUUACCAGGAAAGCAAAUCAGAGAUACCAAGGAUGAGAUAUUGCUUCACCUUCCUGUUGCAUCAUGCAAUAUAGAACCUGCAGCACCUGGAACCAAGAAGGCUGAGCAGGCUAGACGCCUCCAAUUUCAGCAUAAGAACAGUGCUUCAUUUGUGGGUCAAAAAAACCCUGACAGCUCAACGAAGGGAGACGUUGACUGA